AUGGUCGAGCUACCGGUGAUUUGGCUUUUCCAUCCCAUGGCAGAGAUGUUCGGCAUGUCCACCUGGCAGGUACCUUUCCCAUCGUGGCAAAUCAUGGUGCCCCAGGUUGCCUUGUUCUUCGUCUUUGAGGAUAUGUUCCAUUUCUUCGCUCACCAGGCGCUCCACUGGGGCCCGCUGUACAAGCACAUCCACAACAUCCUCCACAAAUACCCGUCGCCGUUUGGGGCUCGCGGCCGAGUGCGCGCACCCGGCUGA